AUGUCCAUUAAUAUUUGUAGAGAUAACCAUGAUCCUUUCUACCGUUAUAAGAUGCCUCCUAUCCAGGCUAAGGUUGAAGGUAGAGGUAACGGUAUCAAGACAGCUCUAUUAAACAUUGCUGACGUUGCUCGUGCUUUGAACAGACCAGUGCCUUAUGUUGUUAAGUACUUUGGUUUUGAACUAGGUACCCAAACCUCUAUCUCUGUGGACAAGGAUCGUUAUUUGGUUAACGGUGUUCACGAGCCAGCCAAAUUACAAGAUGUUCUAGAUGGUUUCAUUAACAAGUUUGUUUUAUGUGGUAGUUGUAAGAACCCAGAAACUGAAAUCAUCAUUACCAAAUCCAGUGAUUUAGUCAGAGAUUGUAAAGCUUGUGGUAAGAGAACUCCAAUGGAUCUAAGACACAAACUUUCUUCUUUUAUUCUAAAGAACCCACCUGAAUCUAUUAACACUGGUUCUAAGAAGAGAAAGGCUGCUACUGCUUCCGCCAAUGUCCGUGGUGGUGGUGUUUCUAUUAGUGAUAUCGCACAAGGUAAGACCGCCAAUGAUGCAACAGACAGCUCUUCGCCAGUUGUAGCUGAUGAUCAUGACGAAUUGACUCGUCAAAUCCACGCUGCUGCUUCUAACUUGGAAGAUCUAGAGGUCAAGGAUGAUGACUGGGCUGUUGACAUGUCUCAAGAAGCCAUUAGACAACGUGCCAAGGAAUUACAAGUUGAAUCCGGUGCCAUUGAUGCUGGUUUAUCUAAACUAGACGAAUUUGGUGAAUGGGUAUUAGAAACUGAUGAAGUGCCAAGUGAUAUCGAAUUAUAUAAGAAGGCAUCUGAAUUGGACCUAUUAAAUGAACCUAAGAUUGCAGCUGUGUUAGCUCAAUGUAUGUUCGAUGAGGAUAUUCUAAACGAAAUUGUUCCACAUGCUCCAUUCUUCAGUAAAUUGUUUACUACAGAAGAAUUUGAAAGAAAUUUCCUGGGUGGUAUUGAAAGAUUCUUAGGUCUAGAACAUAAGGACAUGAUCCCACAACUACCAAAGAUUUUAGUGCAAUUAUAUAACAACGAUAUCGUCUCUGAAGAAGAAAUUAUGAGGUUUGGUACUAAAAGUUCAAAGAAGUUCGUCCCUAAGGAUGUCUCUAAGAAGGUUCGUAGAGCUGCUAAGCCAUUCAUUACCUGGUUAGAGAAUGCUGAAAGUGACGAUGAAGAGUCCGAUGAAGAGUAA